AUGGUUCCCUGGCGACCGGAGCCCAAGCCUAUGCGCGAGAUCGAACAUAUCCAAGGCCCCGCGCGGCGAGUAUCUCAAACGUCAUUGGCUUCCGAUCUGCCAUCUGACAUGCUCAGGGGCAUCUCAUUGGAUCUGUGCCUGCAGCAGUGGGGAAAGCAUUUUCAGCAGUCUGACUCGGAUGAUUUUUCACUGAGUCAUCAGACCGACAGCAUUGACUACUUCCUUAGCCACGACUGGCAGACCUCUCGCUGGUCUAAGACUCUGGCUUUGCUGGUGACCUUCAACGCUGUGCCAGCGGCACUGGCUGCCGCGGUGGUGACUGCCCUGACAUGUGGGCUUCUCCUAGGCCGUCGGCUUCCAGGUGGCUGGCAAACAGCAAGCGCGGCGACGUAUUUGACAUUUAUGGGAGUUUUCUGCUUCUGGCAACGUGUGCGAAGUCUAGUUCCGCAACUGCACACGGUGGUUUUUCUGGAUCGGCUGUGUAUUGCCCAGCAUGACCCUGAACUUAAGCAACAGGGCAUCAUGGGUCUUGCUGGCUUUCUGGCCAAGUCCAAGAACCUCAUCGUUUUAUGGACGCCUCGGACAUUCACUCGGCUUUGGUGCACGUUUGAGUUGGCCCGAUUUCUGAAGCCCGAAGAUGGCGACAGCAACCGGACGGUUCAAAUCGUUCCUGUCGCUAUGCCAGCGCUUGUGAUGCUGACCUGUCUGGCUAACACGUCAUUCUGGACGAUUUUCCACAUCUUCUUGACGAUCGAAGAGUUGGGCAACUUCGGGAUAAAAGGCUUUCCGCUUAUGCUUUUUGCAGCCGGCCUUCUUGGUCCGUUCUUUUUCACACUUCUUUUCACACAGAUCUACUUCGGCACGCAGCAUCUGCUCGAGAUGGCUGAGCUGGAGGGGCAGAUGCGAGGCUUUAGCAUCCGAGAAUCGCAGUGCUCUUGCUGCUCCUUUGACCACGUGCACCCCUCCACUGGCGAGCCGAUCCCGUGUGACAGAUCCUUGGUGUUCCAGACGCUUCGACGGUGGUACUCUGAUACUGAGGAGCAGGACUACCUCGAUCGUUUUGACGCUCUCGUGCGCGAGCAGCUGAGGGUGUUCGUCCUCGAGAAGCUCGGAUCGGGCGCUCCGCCCCUGCGCUUGGCGCUGGCCAUGGCGUCCAUCUCGCCGCUGGGUCUCCUGCCGCAGUAUUUGCACAUGGCCAUCCAUGGCCUCAGGGCACAUACAGAGGACGGUCAUGAUUGGAAGCACUGGCAGUGGGUCGUCAUGUACUUGCAGGUGCCAGCGAUUUCGCUCCUCUUUUUCUGGCUUGCAUCAGCCACUUUGAGCAUCAGUGCUGCGUUGGCGACAAAGAUGUCGGUGCGCAAGGCUGUCGCUAUUGUUGUCGUGUUGGAUCUUGUACCCUUGGUCUUCAUCCAAUCUUUGAUGACGCUGGGGCUCUGCUAUGUUGUCAUGUCCUUGAACGGCAACUUCUGGGCACUUCUCUGGACCAUCGUGUUGCUCUCUAUCUGUUCCGUGAGCGUGGCCCUGGCCAUCAGCUGCGCUGUUGGGCAGCCACGGGAAACUGGAGCAAUCGGGCCCCUCGUCUUCGUGCCGCAGAUGCUCUUCUCAGGUGUCUUCAUCCCGGUGAGCCACAUGCCAGUUUACCUCCGAUGGAUGCAGUACUGCAGCUUCCUGCAGUAUGCCAUCAAAGUGCUCGGCAUUGUUGAGUUCCAGAACGUGCCGCACAAGGAGCUCGUUCUGGAUGCGCAGGUUCUCUUGUUCUCCUUGACGGGCAUCCAGAUGCUGAGAAACAAGGUGCACUCCCGCAGGCACACCUCAAUCUCCUCUUGCUCCUACACCUAUUUUGACCACGACUACGGCGACCAGCACUACUUCUACCUCUACCUCUACUUCUUCCCCUGUUCUAUCGGCUGCCGAGAAGGCAGGGCUUGGCCGUGGAGUUCAGUUGCGUCAAAAUGGAUGCAGGUCUUGGAGCUCUUCCGAUCUGGCAGAAGCGACGGCUACCCUGCAGAUGCUUACACCUUCACCUGCUGUCUCGGCGCUUUGGGAAAAGCAUCCAGAUGGGAGGCAGCUCUGCAGAUGUUUGCCGAAAUGAGGCGCGGCGGCGCGGUGCCCAGCGUUGUCACCUGCAACGCUGCCUUGGCUGCUCUGGGCAAGGGCCAGCGCUGGGACUUGGCAGUGGAGCUUCUCCGAGAAAUGAGGUCGGGGAGGGCCGAUCUUCCUUGUCCAGACACUGUGUCCUUCAACACGGCCGCAGCCGCAAUGAUCGAAGGCGGGCGCUGGCGAAGCGCGGUUGAGGUCUGCGCGCUUCUUCAGCUCGAAGGCUUGCAAGCUGAUCCCGUGACCCACAAUAUUCUCGUUAGCAGCUGCAAGCCCGGUGGACGAUGGGAAGCCGCCCUGUGGCUACUUUCAGCCCGGAGGCCGCAGGUUGAGACCGUGACUUCAGCGAUCGACACGCUGGCCGCCUGCAGCCUCUGGGAGCACGCCUUCGUUCUCUUGUGCAACAUGCCUCCUGGACUUAGGCCGAAUGUGAUGACAUUUGGGGCAGCUAUGAACGCCCUGGCGCGAGGAGCAGCGUGGCUUUUUGCCGUCCAACUCCUCCAGGUCAUGGACGAGCAAACAGUCAUCCGGAAUGCCGUAGUGUGCUCGUGCGCCAUCGCCGCAUGCGAUGAAGCGGAGGAGUGGCAGCAGUCGCUGGCCAUCUUACUGGAGAUGCUUCAGGUAGGGCCCCGCCCCAAUCUGAUCGCCUUCAACUCAGCGAUCGUCGCUUGUGCCCAUGGUCGCCAGUGGUAUGCAGCUGUCCAGCUCUUCCGAAAGCUCCGAAGCAGUUGCGAGCCCGAUGUCGUAUCCGUCAGCUCCGUCUUGUCGGCCUUUGAACUUUCGCGGCGGUGGGCGAAGGCCCUUGGCUUCCUUCUUCAGCUUGGAUCGCUUGGCCUCGAGUCGGCGGCUCCAGCGCGGACGGCGGUCUUCAGCAUUUGCGGUGCAGAUGGCCGUUGGGAGCAGGCACUGACCGCGUGCCCGCCAACCGCGGCGGAAUGGAGCCUGGCAGAGCGCAACGCUGCAAUCACCGCCUUGGGAGAGGCUCACUCCUGGGCUAUGUCCGGACAGCUCCUGACCUCACUGCUCCAGUGUGGCCGAUCCCCGGAUUCGGUCACACUGGGCGCCAUGGUGUCCAUCUCUGCGCGAGCCGAGGAGUGGCCCUAUGCACUGGCGAUCUUCGAUGCGCUCCCCCGGCUGCGGGCAGCGGUUGAUCUUGUCUGCGCAAACGCAGCCGCCACUGCGCCAAAGAAACGCUGCUGGCAGCAAACACUGUCGCUUCUUCAAAGCCUCCCUCUGCGCCGGCUCGACGGCGACAUGAUCUCUGCCAAUGCUGGUCUGGGAGCUUUGGACGACACUGGGGGCCGGUUGCGGCGCCUACAGGCACGCGCCGGCCCAGGCAUGUCCUGGUGGGAUGACGGCAAAGGCAAGGGCUAUGGCAAGGGCGAUAAGGGCUUCCAGAACGGAUAUGCCGUGCCGCCACCGUAUGCGAGGUCUCCUCCGACUGGGCCUGGCUACGGAAAGGGCUGGGCAGGCCCAGGCACCAUGAGCUUGCAGUAUCCUGGCGUUUCCAGGCCGCCGAGCUAUGGCAAGGAAGCUGGUGCGAAGGGCGGAAAGGAGGCCAUGCCAAGGCUCCGAAGACCGCCCAGUGAUCCAGAUCUACAAGACAUCCCACCGCCGCCGCUGCCCGUGCGCAUGGGCAAGCCAGGUGGGAUCAACCACUACCCUGGCGCGAUGCCAGUGGAAGGAAAGGGAAGGGGCAAGAGCAACAACCAAAAGGGCGACAGUGUGAAGGGGAAAGAUCCGCGCGGCAGCAAAGAGAAGAUGCCGCCGAAGCAGCCAGGGCCAAAGAGCAAAGAUCCGCAGUGGAAGAGGAAGGAUGGCGUGGACGCAGAAAAGGAGCCCGCGAGCAGUCCCGGCACUGUGUUGGCUCAGCGUCUGCGGGAGAGGAUCGCCGUCAUGAGUGCUGAAGUACGAGAUGACAAUCCGUACAGCCGGCUUAUGGCACUGAAACGAAUGGGUGUCGUGGAGGAGUACGAGAAAAUCCGUACCUUCGCAGUGCUCAUCGUCGGAAUUGGAGGUGUCGGCUCUGUCGUGGCAGAGAUGCUCACCCGGUGCGGCAUAGGCAAGCUCCUCCUCUUCGAUUACGACAAGGUCGAGUUGGCGAACAUGAACCGACUCUUCUUUAGACCGGAGCAGUCAGGCCUCUCGAAAGUGGAGGCCUCUUUUCAGACGCUCCGAGAUAUCAACCCAGAUGUGGAGUUUGAAAUUUUCAACACGAACAUCACGACGUCGGAAAACUACGACGUCCUGCUAGAGCGAAUACGCCAGGGCGGUUUGCAGGAGAAGCGAGUGGAUCUUGUCCUGAGCUGUGUGGACAACUAUGCUGCGCGCAUGACGAUCAACCAGGCUUGCAACGAGCUCGGCCAGAUCUGGCUUGAGUCCGGCGUGUCCGAGAAUGCGGUCUCCGGCCACAUCCAGACCAUGAUUCCGGGCAGGUAUGCCUGCUUUGAGUGCGCGCCGCCCGCCGUCGUAGCAGGCGGCGGUGACGAGAAUGCCAUUAAACGAGAGGGGGUGUGCGCUGCAUCCCUGCCGACCACGAUGGGCAUCACUGCUGGCCUUUUAGCCCAGGCCACCCUGAAGCACCUUCUGAAGUUCGGCACGGUCUCGAACUUCUUGGGCUACGAUGCCUUGGGCGAUUAUUUCCCUUCGUACAGCAUGACGCCUAACCCGGAGUGCGGCAACCGACGACGCCACGAGGCAGCGACGUUCCUGAUGGUGCAGCUGGGUGAGGUGCAGGUUCAGGUGGUUCUAUCUGCGCCUACCGGGACCUUGAACUACGGCACAGGCCCCUUGCCAGCUUUGCAUCUGCUCCCGGCGGGACUGGGCUCGACCGUUUGGUGUACGGGACACCCGGGCUGCGAUCGCGAAGGAUCCCUGUCUCUCUACGCGCGGGAGCUGAAGCUUCUGAAGGUGCAUGCCGACUCCAAGCAGAUUUCCAACGUUCUGGACGCGCUCGCCGAUGGCCUUGCGCCAGGCAGUGAAGUGGCUACUGCUCUGUGCUGCACGGAAGAGCGCCUCGCAGAACUUGUCCGACUUCGCACAGACGGCGCAGAAGCUGCGACCUACAGAAAGGAGCUCCGGCAGCAGGCGCUCAUCGUUCAGGCAGGUGAUGAAGGCCUGGCCCGAGAGCUGCAAGCUGCGCCCAGCACUCGCCAGCGGAAGGCUCGUGUCACCAAGUCCGAGUUGCAGGCACUGGAAAAGGCGGAAUCCCUGGCAGCUCCAGCUCCUCCUAUCGACUGUUGGGAGGAGACUGCCGAGGACUUCCGUCACGUGCUUGGAGAUUCUGAACCCGUGCUAAACGUGGCUCCGGAUAUUCCAAGCGCGCGGGGUCCCCAAACUCGGGGCGAAUACUUCCACGGACGGAAGUGGCCGCAGGUGCGUUGGAUUCUCCGACGCCUUUCCGCUCUGCGAGCAGAGGGUCAGGUAUUCCAGCACAUCCUCGACGUCGGCGGUGGCCGCGGUGACUUGGCCAUCAACAUGGCAUCGCAUCUCGGCGUGAAGGUUACGGUGGUGGACAUGAACGCCUCCUCGCUGCAAGCCGGGCAGAAUGCGGCAGAGAGGGCCGGUGUCGACGUGGCUUUCCGCUGCAUGGAUUUUCGCGACAUCUACAAAGAGGACGACAUGCGCGACGUGGACUUCCUUGUGGCCCUGCACGCUUGCGGCGGGCUCAGUGACGCCGCUUUGGGCUUUGCCGUGCAGCGUCAGAUCGCCUUCCUCGUUUGCCCCUGCUGUCACUUGAAGCACACGGCGCUGGAGCCGGCGGAUGGCUGGGGAUCUCUUUGCCCGGAGGUCCUGGCCUUGGGGUUGUAG